AUGGAGCCCUUCAAGCACGACGACACGUCGGCCAAGACACUGCUGGCCAACGGAUCCCAAGCCUUCAAUGACGACCUCGCGGCCAAGCUGCAGGCCGCUCUGGGCCGCCCGCUGCCUCAGAUGGAGGUGCGCGUCAAGAACCUCAGCGUCUCGGCCGACGUGGUCGUGGGCCGCCACGAGGAUGGAAGCGAGCUGCCCACGCUCACGCACACGCUCAAGACGGCGGCGCUCAAGCUCUCGGCCAAGAAGCACGUGGUGCACAAGACCAUCCUGCGCAACUUCAGCGGCGUCUUCGAGCCGGGCACCAUCACGCUCGUGCUGGGGCAGCCCAGCUCCGGCAAGUCUUCGCUCAUGAAGGUGCUGAGCGGCCGCUUCCCACUGGAGAAGAGGGUCACGCUGGACGGAGACGUCACGUACAACGGCGUGCCGCAGAAGGAGCUCGGCGGCCGCUUGCCGCAGUUUGUCUCGUACGUGGACCAGCACGACGUGCACUUCCCCACGCUCACAGUCAAGGAGACGCUCGAGUUCGCCCACGCCUUCACUGGCGGCGAGCUGCUGCGUCGAGGCGAGGAGCUGCUGACGCACGGGUCUGCUGAAGAGAACCUGGAGGCUCUCAAGACGGUGCAGACGCUGUUCCAGCACUACCCCGACAUCGUCAUCGAGCAGCUCGGACUGCAGAACUGCCAGGACACCAUCCUUGGCAAUGGAAUGCUGCGUGGCGUGUCUGGCGGAGAACGCAAGCGGGUGACGACGGGCGAGAUGGAGUUCGGCAUGAAGUACAUGACGCUCGUGGACGAGAUCAGCACGGGACUGGACAGCGCCACGGCCUUCGACAUCAUCUCCACGCAGCGCAGUAUCGCCAAGACGCUCGGGAAGACGGUGAUCAUCUCGCUGCUGCAGCCGUCGCCGGAGAUCUUCGCGCUGUUCGACAACGUGCUCAUUCUGAAUGCUGGUGAGGUGAUGUACCAUGGUCCACGCGACCAGGCUCUCUCAUACUUCGAGAGCUUGGGCUUCCGCUGCCCUCCGCAUCGUGACGUGGCCGACUUCUUGCUGGAUCUCGGAACCAACCAGCAGGUGAAGUACCAAGAUGCGUUGCCGAUCGGACUGACGAAGCACCCUCGCUGGCCAUCGGAAUUUGGAGAGAUUUUCCAGGAAUCAAGGAUCUUCCGUGAUACCCUUGCUCGCCUCGAUGAGCCGCUGAGACCGGACCUUGUGGACAACGUUAAAAUCCACAUGGUCCCGAUGCCCGAGUUCCACCAGUCCUUCCAGGAGAACACGCUCACGGUCUUCAAGCGACAGAUGAUGAUCAUGCUGCGCAAUGUCGCGUUCAUCCGAGGCCGAGGCUUCAUGGUGAUCCUGAUCGGACUUCUGUACGGCAGCACGUUCUAUCAACUGGACGCAACAAGCGCUCAAGUUGUCAUGGGCGUCCUGUUCCAGUCCGUGCUGUUCCUCGGACUUGGCCAAGCCGCUCAAAUUCCAACGUACUGCGAUGCCAGACCCAUUUUCUACAAGCAGCGCGGCUCCAACUUCCUCCGCACGCCAGCCUACGUCCUUGCCAACUCGGCCAGCCAGAUUCCUUGGGCACUUGCGGAAACUAUCGUGUUCGGCUCCCUUGUCUACUGGAUGUGCGGCCUGAGGUCGUCCGUGAAAGCGUUCGUGAUAUUCGAGAUCCUCUUGUUUCUUACGAUCCUGGCAUUCGCGGCGUGGUUCUUCUUCCUCGCAGCCAUUUCACCCAACCUCCACAUUGCCAAGCCCCUGUCGAUGGUCUCCGUCCUGUUCGUCGUCGUCUUCGCUGGUUUCGUUGUGCCGAAGAGUGGGGUGCCCGACUAUUUCGUGUGGAUUUAUUGGUUGGAUCCGAUCGCUUGGUGCCUUCGUGGAAUUGCUGUGAACCAGUACCGCUCGAGUGAGUUCGACGUGUGCGUCUACGAGGGUGUUGACUACUGCACGAAGUACCAGAUGAAGAUGGGCGAGUACUUCUUGUCCUUGUACGACGUUCCCUCCGACAAGAGUUGGGUGUGGCUUGCGGUCGUGUUCCUGCUCGCGACCUACGUCGUGUUCCUCUUUUUCGGUGUCCUUGUCCUCGAGUACAAGCGAUACGAGAGCCCUGAGCACAUUACACUCACAGCGGACAAUGAGGAGCCAAUUGCAACGGAUGCGUACGCGUUAGCCACGACGCCCACCAGCGGAAGGAAAACACCAGCCACGGGAGCACAAACGAAUGAUACCGUCGCACUCAACGUGAAGACCACCAAGAAGUUCGAGCCCGUCGUCAUCGCCUUCCAGGAUCUGUGGUACUCCGUGCCGGACCCGCACAACCCCAAGGAAUCCCUCACGCUGCUGAAGGGUAUCAGCGGAUACGCGAUGCCAGGUUCCAUCACCGCUCUCAUGGGAUCGACUGGUGCAGGCAAAACGACGCUCAUGGACGUGAUCGCUGGACGCAAGACCGGAGGCACCAUCCAGGGCAAGAUCAUGCUCAACGGCUACGAGGCCAGCGACUUGGCCAUCCGUCGUUGCACGGGCUACUGCGAGCAGAUGGACAUCCACUCGGACGCGUCGACUAUCCGUGAAGCGCUGGUGUUUAGCGCCUUCCUGCGCCAGGACAGCUCCGUUCCCGACAGCCAGAAGUACGACUCGGUCGAGGAAUGCCUCGAGCUGCUGGAUCUGCAGAGCGUGGCGGAUGAAAUCGUUCGCGGCAGUCCGACGGAGCGCAUGAAGCGCCUGACCAUUGGAGUGGAGCUAGCCGCCGACCCGAGAGUGCUGUUUCUGGAUGAGCCGACGAGCGGACUGGAUGCACGCUCCGCCAAGCUCAUCAUGGACGGCGUGUGCAAGGUGGCGGACACGGGUCGCACCAUUGUGUGCACUAUUCACCAGCCGUCCACGGAGGUCUUCAUGCUCUUCGACAAGCUCCUGCUGCUGAAGCGCGGUGGCCAGACGGUGUACUUCGGCGACUUGGGCAAGCGCGCUCAGACGAUGGUGGACUACUUCGAGACGAUUCCAGGUGUGCCGCAUCUUCCGGAGGGAUAUAACCCUGCGACUUGGAUGCUUGAGUGCAUUGGUGCGGGCGUGAACCACGUGCACGACAACCCAGUGGACUUCGUGGAGGUGUUCAACUCGAGUGCAUUGAAGCGCGAGAUGGACGCGCAGUUAGCGUCGGAGGGUGUGUCUGUUCCGGUGCCUGGAUCGACGGAGCUGGUGUUCGCCAAGAAGCGUGCGGCGAGUUCGUGGACGCAGAUGACGGCGUUGGUGGGGCGGUUCAUGAACUUGUACUGGCGGACUCCAUCGUACAACCUCACGCGUUUCGCCAUCGCAGCUUUGCUCGGUCUUCUGUUUGGGUUGAUCUACGUGAGCGUCUCGUACACUUCAUACCAGGGUGUCAACGCUGGCGUCGGCAUGGUCUUCAUGACAACGCUAUUCAAUGGAGUGAUAGCCUUCAACAGCGUUUUGCCGAUUACAUCCCAAGAUCGCGAGGCUUUUUACCGGGAGCGAGCAAGCCAGAUCUACAAUUCGCUCUGGUACUUCGUCGGCUCGACCGUGGCGGAGAUUCCGUACGUCUUCGGCUCGAUGCUGCUGUACACGGUUAUCUUCUACUGGAUUGUCGGCUUCACGGGCUUUGGAACUGCAGUUCUUUACUGGAUCAAUACGUCGUUCUUGGUGCUCCUGCAGACAUAUCUCGGCCAGCUGCUGGUGUAUGCUCUCCCUAGCGUGGAGGUUGCAGCUCUGUUGGGCGUGAUGCUGAACUCGAUCCUCUUCCUCUUCAUGGGCUUCAACCCUCCAGCCAGCUCCAUUCCAUCCGGCUACAAGUGGCUCUACACGAUUACCCCUCAGCGAUACAGUCUUGCAAUCUUAGCCGCGCUCGUCUUCAGUAAGUGCGACAACCUCCCGACGUUCGAUACGCAGACGCAGCAGUACGUGAACGUUGGUGGGAACCUUGGCUGCCAGCCGAUGACAAACCCGCCCGUGACCAUCGACCACAUCACGAUCAAGGAGUACGUCGAAUCUGUUUUCGAGUACAAGCACGACGAGAUAUGGCGCAACUUCGGAAUCGUGAUCGCGUUCAUCGUGGGCAUUCGUCUUUUGGCUCUGCUGGCGCUGCGCUUCAUCAACCACCAGAAGAGAUGA